AUGACUGAAGCAGCUAAUUACGAUCCGGACAGCAUUGAGUGCGAUGUGAUUCGUGGACAGUUGGACAAACACUUUGAAAGGUUUAUGGCGUAUCAUACGGACCUCGUGUCUUCAGCACAAGCCAGCGAAGUGACCACACAUGACGAUUUCUUGGCUGCGACAGAGUUGCUGUACACACAAAUAUGUAUUCGACUACGUCGUGCAUGUGGCGCUGGUGAAGGUGGUAUUUGUGUGGCGAAUCAAUUGGACAUGCGAUUAGAUCCAAUUAAGAUUCCUGUUUUCAAUGGUGACCCAGCGAAUUGGCUGCCUUUCAAAGAUUUGUUCGAGGCACUAGUUCACAAUCGUAAGGAUCUGGAUUCCAGUUACAAAUUAAGCAAGUUACGCCAACAUGUCAAUGCAGAUAGCGUCCCAUUGGUCGGUGGACUAUACACAGGCGGCUAUGAAGACAUGUGGCAGGAGAUGAAACGGCGGUUUGAUAAUCCACGCUUGUUAGUGGAAUCCCACGUGCAGCGUAUCCUGAAUUUGCCUAACCAACCCGCCGAAUCCCAGAAGGGCUUGCUACGACUAGUUGACACCGUCCAAAAU